AUGAUGCGACCGCGUGACCCCCGCAUUAGACAACGGAUCAACCAGAUCUCUCAUAACCUCGAGUCCGCCAACGAGACAGCACAGGAAGGGCUCUACGCAUUCUCGCACAACUAUAUCUCGCCAUGUUUUGAAUCGAUUGGAAGCUGCGUAAACGCAUGCACAGCCCCUUGCCUGCCGAGCCGGGAAGACCACCUCAGGCGGAGACGACGCGGCCGAGCCGAGGCUAACUUUGAUUUCUACGACGAUUGGGAGAACGAGGAAGAGGAUGACGGCUUACUUGGAUGGGGAACUGGUGAGCUCGACAGGCUCCUUGCUGGUAGCGGCCUGGCGCGCGGAAGUGCAGAGCAACCGCACCGGCCGAGGAGGAUGAGCUAUGGGACUCGGAACACGCGGCGACGGAGUACUGUGCAUAUUCCCGAUAACCAUAAUGAUCCGACUGUUAUUCCAAGCUCGUCAUUUAUCGGGUUUCUUGAGCGCUUUCCGUGGAGGUUCGGCGCUCGCGGAGUCAAGUAUCGGCCUUCCGCUGCUGAUCUUCAGGAACACCCGGGCACCCGGCGAUAUGCACAUGAGGAUGAACCUUUGAUGGAAGCUAUGGAUAAUGAGGCUCAGCUAUCCCCCACUCCAGCGGGAAGGAAUCGCAGUGCGACGCAAUCAUCCCGUGGGACAUCAAAUUCCCUCAGUUCGCGUGGUGAUCUAUUCCCUAGUGAUGAGGAGGAGGAUGCUGUACCCCUUGACGACGAAUUUGCAAUUACAUUCACACGGCGAGGAACGGGUUUGGAGUCAGAUGAUCAGUCUGGGACGAAAUCCGAGUUCACGAAGUCUGGUUCUGCAUCUAGCCUGGGUGGUGCAUCGUCUAAAAAGAACAAACGGAAAAACAAACGCCGCACGAAGAGAUUUUCGAGCUCAUCUGGUGCUCAGAUUACUGAACCAGUUGAUACACCAUCGAUGGCAGAUCUUAAAACAGAAGAUCAGCGGGCUGCGCUGGAAGAAGAAGCGGUCAUUGAGAGGAGAAGGCUCGCCGCACAAGAGCUAGCUUUGAACCGAGGUCUCGAUUCGGGAGCAGGUGAUAUGAUUCAGCCAGCUACCAAACCCACCAACACAAGCCUCCUGCCACAAGACGCGGAUAAACAGUCCAUCCCCAAAUUACGAAGGCUCAGUGAUUCCUCCGGGCAAGAAGUACCCAACCAAACCGAACCCUUCCCUGCCCUCUCAUUAUCGCCUUCCUCAGUGGGUCUAGAGACCCAAGAUCUAUCUAAAGCCUCACCGAGGCCUCUUUCACCCUUUGAGCCCGAUCAUACGAACGCCCGCGACUAA